AACGCGCAACAGCGGUAGUGGGUUGCUGGCGGGCUGCCGACGGAAUUUCCGCAGCGUUUCCGCGGUCGCUUCAGGCACCUGUUGCUUUGUUUUAAUAAGUUUUCAAACUUGCAAAGUUCGAGCUCAUUUCCCAGUGACAGCUUCUGCGGACUUCAGGAGCCAUUUCAGUUACUUAUCUCUUCAGGUUACGACGCACAGCAGGGAUGUCCCUACGUAGCCUAUCAAAAGUUGCAUGCGGAGGCAGAAACCUGCCAUGCACCACAUCAUAGCGCUGGAAAUCUGUUCCGUUUCUAUUGGUGCAUUGAUGCCUGACAGGCCGAUUAUGGCUUACCCGCGACUCCCCGAGCCGAGCUCUACCGAGCUCGCACCAAACGACUUCCAAGACAUUCCGAUCAGUGCAGUCGGUCUGAAGUGUCGUGCCAUACUUGCCAUGCGCCUUGAUGUGCCACAGCUGCUUCUGGGGCCGUCAGGACAUCGUGAUUGGCGAGGGUUGGCACUGCUGGUGGGCCUUAGCUGUGACGAGGUGGAGCUGCUGAAGGAACAAGGAAAAAGCCCCACAGCAUCUCUCCUGGAACAGUGGGAUGCACGGUCGGGCCAGCACCUGGCAACUGUCGGCCGGCUUAUGCAGCACCUUAUGUGCCUUGAGAGAUACGACGUUAUUGAAGACACCAGAGCAGAGCUGCGUCAAGACAUAGAAUUCCACCGAAAAAAGCAAUCUGGUGGCCAUUCAGAUCUUGUUCAAGGUCCAAUAGACAAGUCAUCAAUGAGGAUACCAGUCUAUGAUGCAUUUGUCUGCUAUACAUCGGAAGAUUGGCCCUUUGUUGAGGUGCUGGUCAACAAAUUGGAAUCUUUGGGUCUACGUCUAUUCUUGCCCAAGAGAGAUCUAAAAGCAGGCGUCCUUCAGUACUCUACAUUUUAUGAACUCAUGGAGAAAUGGUGCAAUAAAACCAUAAUUGUGUUUUCACCCGACUUCCUCCGGUCACAAGAGUGUCGUGUGCAGCAAAGGUUCAUCGAAAGCAUAAACAUUGAGCAAGCGCAGCAGAAGCUGAUACCAGUCAUCAUCAAGCAGUGUGCAUUGGAGGGCACGAUCCGAAUGAUUUCCAAGAUCAACCUCUGCGAUGACACUUCUAAGCUAGCCGAGUGGGGCUGGAAGAAACUGAUCGAGUCAGUCCGGUGCCAGGGAAACUCGCUGUUCGUCAGUGCACCACACUCUUGCAUCUUGCCUGCUGCCCCAGCAUCGCUCGCGAUCCCUACUUCUCUCGUCGUGAGCACCAUGCCCGCACCCAGGAAGCUGGCGACAGCUGUGCACACGAGGACACAUCCGAAAGACACGCAGGACGUCAUAGCUGCUACAAGUUCAACGAAAAGCAAGCUUGGGUGGCUAAGAUUCUUUGGCAGGAAAAAGGCGAGCAGUGUGUCUAGUGAUUCGAGUGGUUUCCAGAGCAUGGCUUCACCAGAGUGACUUAGCGGUGAUGUUGCUACGAUUUGCCAAUGGAUGUGUGGGGCCACAUUAGCAGGACGAAAAAGAUGGACACAUCUUUUAUGCUGCAAGACUGUGCUUUAAUACAGCUGACUCUGUGUGGUGGAGUGGCUGGCAUGUUGGCCAGUUGCUCUUGCCUCAUGUGCAUCCUGGAAUAAAAUGUGAUGGUGGUCAGCUCACUGCCAACCUCAA